UUCCCCACACAUUCAAUCAAUUCUAUUGAAAAUAGUUUAAAAUUUAAUCGUAAUUUCUAUUCUCAUUUGCAUUUUCCAAACAUCACAUCAGCACAGUGAAAGCUUUCGAGACAUUUGUAGGUAAUAUAUUGAAUUUUGUGUAACUUUAUUGACGUGUUUUCAUCUACCAAAAUAAAUCGUAGCGCGACAAUUUCGCGAAGCUAAAUACUCGCAAGAUGAAAAUUAUCUCCAAACUUUUGAAAACAAUCAAAAACUUGAUUUUUGUGGACGAAUUCGACGAAAUAUACAAAAGUGCAACAACCAGGACGAUCUUCGUUCUUUAUUGCUGUUGCGGAGGAUUCUGUUUCCAUAACAACGUUCGGACGAGAUUCAGGAAAGUUUGGAUCAUUUUUAACAUUUUAAAUUCGUGUUUAUUUUACUUAUUCCACCUGCCCACAAACGAUUACUAUGCUUGGCUAUUACCCGCACCUGUCAUGCUUGGAGUACUGGAUAAAAUUUUCUACUACUUAUGGGUUUUUUUGAGCGUAGAUUUUCUGCCUAAAUUGAUUGAUUUUUUCGACAAUAGCCCUACUGAUGGAGAAGGAGUCUCCGCUUCUUUACUCACAGUACAUGUAAAGAAACCUCAGGCUAAACUGAUUUCUGGAAUAUGCUGUUUCAUAUUUCUUUGCACAAUGACUACCAGUUUGGGAAAUUAUUUUUGUUACGAAAAUUAUUUCGUUCAUCACUACCCCACUUAUUUCCCAUUUGAAAAAACCAUCGUGUUGUACAUCGCAAUUCGAUCCUUGCAAACGAUUACCAUCAUACCCGAGCUUAUCAUAUUUCUGUCUGCUCCAACGCUAAUCAUAAUGAUCACGAUCAACAUUUAUAGUAGAUUUGAGCUGCUUGGUUUAUUUUUACGACGAGCUUCGUAUUCAGUUUUUCUGCAAAUGGAUGAAGCCUCUAAUAUGGAGUUGGCAAUGGAUGAGAAACGUAUACCGAGUAGUUUAUCAAGAAUUCAGGAAGUGAAAAUUAGAAAAGCUUUGGCGUUGGACGAAUUGACCAGUAAAAUUAUCAUCGCCAUAGAACGACAUCAAAAAUUGAUCAAUGUUUCCCAAUGUGUCAAACAAAUGGAAUACGUGUUAUUUACUCCGAUUCAUGCGCAAGUUUUCAUUCAGUCGAUAAUUUUGGCAUUUUUCAUCUCUUCGAUCACCAAAACAGCACCUUUUCAUUUACUAUUUCAACUCACUGCAAUUCUGUGUGCGUUGUUAUUGAUUUGGUUGCUAUUCUGUUUCAUUGGAGAAAUGUUUCAAAACAUGAACCAAAUUAUAGCUAUGGAAAUUUACGACAGCCCUUGGUAUCUCUUGGAACCAAAAGAUCGCAGACUUGUGCAUACAUUUUUGACCAUCAUUCAGCGACCGAUUUCUAUUACCAUUUAUGGAUUGCACCCAGUGAAUUUUUGCUCUUUUCCGAACACCUUGAAUACGAUUUACUCUCAAGUGCAAAUACUUCGCACUCUUCAGCUCAACAGGCAGAUACAUCAUAACUGAACUGAUGCCCAUACUUCGAAGUCAUAGCAAAUUUUAAUAAUGGAAUAAUUUUAGCUGUUCAUAUUCAGAAUAGUUUUUUGGUGGAGACUAAUUAAAUUUUUUUUCAAUUUGCAAUUUUUUCGUGUUGUUCCAAAUAUGUAUUUAGUGAUUUCAAAUUAAUUUUUUGUGUAGUGAUUCCGAAUGAAUUUUUCUUGCAAUUUUAUGAGCAAUUUACCACAGCUUAGGGUAGAGGGUUAUUCCUUCAUACUUAGUCAUUUUGAAUACCUACCAACGUUUUUUGCAUUUUUUGCAUUUUUUGUAGCAUCCAAUUCUGAAUGGAGUUUUUCUGAAAAUUUCGAUGAUCAUUUAUUGCAUUCAACUGUUUGUUUGUUUGUUUUUUUUUUGAAGCAACAUUUCUAUGCGCUGUAGAAUUUUAUUUUCAAUUUAGUGAAGAUUUUUUUGUGGUGAUUUCAAAUGUUUUUUCUCGAAAUUUCGAACUUUUUUUUUAGAAAAAAUGAAUGUUUAAUGUUAUUUGUAAAAUGAGUUUAUUAGAAUUGAAUUUCAUGACUUUUUUUUUAGUGAUUUAAAAUUAUUUUUUGUGAUGAAUAAACGUUGUUGAAUUUAGUGAAUUUUUUAGUGACAAUUUCAAACAUGUAGGUAGUUGUAUUUUAUUGCGGUGUUAAAGAAUUAUAUUUUUUGGUGAUUUAUGCCUAUACCUACUAACUUAUUUCAAUUGUCAUUAUUUAAGUUAGCCAUUGUGUAUAAUCUCACUUACAUAUUGUAAAACUUGCACCGCAAAUUAAGAAUGUAAUUUAAAUUAUAAUGCACCCGUUUUUUUUAUUCAGAACGAGGAGAUGGAUUUUAUUAUUGUUAUUAUUUAUUAUUAUUAAUUAUUACUAUUUUUUCACAAUUCUUUUUGAAGAUAAAUAUGGAACAUAUUACGUAGAU